AGGAAGCCUUCCCUCCUCAUCGCGUUCGGCCAGGGCAGCGGCCAGCCGCCGGUUCCCCUCGGCUAUUUGCUUCAUCUCUUUCCUUCUAGGACGUGAUGAGCAUCUUCUGCCUGAUUUCUGUGACGGCCGCGCUGGAUUUCAAGUACCACCACGCCGAGGAGCUGGAGGCGUACUUGAAGAGGGUUCACGCCGAGUACCCCUCCCUCACACACCUGCACAGCAUCGGGCGCUCGGUGGAAGGUAGGGACUUGUGGCUGUUCAGGGUUGGAAGGGACCUCAAGGAUCAUCCAGUUUCAAUCCCCCUCUUCAGGUACAUAGCCUUGGCUCUUGGAGAUAAAACUGUUGGGAGGGAAAUGCUGCUGCAUUUGAUAGACUUCCUGGUGAGCAGCUAUCGACGUGACCCGCUGGUUACCAGGCUGCUCAACAGCACCCGCAUCCAUAUCCUGCCAACCAUGAACCCUGAUGGGUUUGAAGCUACCAAAGUGCCUGACUGUUAUUACACACGAGGAAGGUACAACAAGAAUGGAGAAGAUCUGAACCGAAACUUCCCUGAUGCCUUUGAGGAUAACAAUGCUGACAUCCAGCCAGAGACUCAAGCAGUCAUCAACUGGAUAAAAAAUGAAACCUUUGUGCUUUCAGCAAACUUGCACGGGGGUGCCCUGGUUGCCAGUUACACCUUUGACAAUGGUAACUCAGUUACUGCCUCUGCACAAGGCUAUAGCAGGUCUCCAGAUGAUGAUGUCUUUAUUCACCUGGCCAAAACCUAUUCUUCCAACCAUGCCAGCAUGUACAAAGGGCUGGGCUGUGACAACAGACAGACCUUCCCAGAGGGCAUUACCAACGGCUACUCUUGGUACCAGCUGGAAGGUGGAAUGCAGGAUUACAACUAUGUCUGGGGACAGUGUUUUGAAAUCACGUUGGAGCUGUCAUGCUGUAAAUAUCCUCCAGAAGACCAGCUGGAAAAGUUCUGGAAGGACAACAAAGCUGCACUGAUUGAAUACAUAAAACAAGUUCAUCUAGGUGUCAAGGGUCAAGUUACUGAUAAGAAUGGGAAUCCUAUUCCCAAUGCCAUCGUGGAAGCCAAAGGAAGGCCUCACAUCUGCCCCUACAGAACAAAUGAACACGGGGAGUACUUCCUCCUCCUCCUGCCCGGGACGUACCUGAUCAAUGCUACUGUACCAGGCUUCAGAUCCAUGCUGAAGACAGUGCAAAUACCUGACAACACUGGGAACUUCAGUGCUGUGAGACAGGACUUCUCCUUCUCAGAAGUCUCAAUCAGACCAACAGCUGCUGCUUCAUGUCCCAGAAUUCCUCUUUACCAAGAGCUUGAAAAGGCUUUGUCAGCUGCAGUCAAACCAGCUCUGCAUAUCUUGUGUCUCAUGACCAUCCUGCUUGGAAUGUUCCAAUAAAGUCCAGAAGGACAUGGGCAAGGCAAAAAAAGCCCCAAAAUCUUCCUGCACAAAGGUGGUUCUGCAGACCAGGAGUUUAUAUGUGCAAGAGAAUGUAAGUUUUGAUAAACCAAAUUCUUGGGGGUCUACUGG